AUGUUGCCCAGGUAUUAUAACAAGAAGUUAAGGUUCUACUUACCUAUACUUAUCAUAAUAAUAUGUUUACUUUAUUCCGUACAGAACAUAUUACUUACGAAAGUAAAUCAACUCGAACUCGAUAAGAAUAGCAUAAAUCUCCACAAGUUUAGUAGUUUUAAUCCAAAGUUCACUACUUCUGAGAUCAUUAAAAUCAUCAAUAACCAUGAAAAUGAUGGUCAAGACCAAGAAACUUCCAUUAUAGGCGAUGAAAAUGGGAUUUGGUUUCAUUGGGAUGAUUAUUUGGAUACUUACCCCGGUAACUCCAUUUUACAAGAUGUAAAAGUCGAUGAUUCACCAUGCAAUUGUUCAGCAGAAAUGAUUUCAUAUGGUUCAGUCAACGGUUACUGGAUGGAAAGUUACAAUAAAAAAGUUUUAAGGGGAAUGACGAACGUUUUCUGUAUCAAAGAUAUUCCUAGUAAAGUCUAUUUGACAACAGAUUAUAAUAUGGUAGAGAUCCCUGUGAAAGGGAAGAAAAGAUUUGGGUCUUUAUUAAACAAUGACAAUCUUUUGAAUUUCGAAAAUAUAAAUAAAGAAUCAUUGAAGUUGAAAACUUUACCAUUAAAGAAACUUUCCAAUUAUAAAAAGAUAGACGUUAACGAUUUCUAUUUCAAUCCUGAUUAUGAAAUCAUGCAAUUAAAGAAUCAAGAAUUAGACGAAAAACAGAAAAAGUAUUUAGAAUUCUUAAAGUAUGCGAACAAUAUCGUGGACAAUUCUGAUAGAUACUUUAAAUAUCCUUGGAUUAUUACUGAUGUAGUUCAAGGAAAUUCCCAUCAUUUAGCUUAUCCUUUCUUCAAAAGAUUCAUAAGUAUCAGGGAACGUCAAAGUAUCAUUCAACAUUUAGUCAAGAGUUGGUUCGAAUUCACUGAAGCAAUCGAUGUCCCAUCAUGGAUUAAUUAUGGAUCAUUAUUAGGAUGGGCCUAUAAUGGGGUUAACAUGCCAUGGGAUACUGAUGUGGAUGUUCAAUUACCUAUCAAAUCAUUGGACUAUUUAGCUCAAAACUACAACAAUACAUUGAUCAUUGAAAAUCCAAAGUUUGGAAACGGGAAAUUCUUUUUAGACAUUAGUCCCACCUACAUCAAGCAAGGUAAUGGUAGAAAUUUCAUAGAUGGAAGAUUCAUCGAUAUCAAUUCAGGUCUUUACAUCGAUUUAUCAGCAUUAAGUCAUACUAAUUUCAAACCCCCAAAAGAUUUGGACGAAGAAUUUGAAGAUGACAUUUUAGUUCAUUGUAAGCAUUUUAACUGGCAUUCAUUAGCGGAAAUUUUACCUAUCCGUCAUACAUUCUUCGAAGGUUCUCCAGUUUAUAUCCCAAAUAACAUUUCAUCUCUUUUAUCAAGGAAAUAUGGUAAAGAGUCAUUCACUACAAAAUUACAUUUCCAAAACUAUAAUUAUCAAACAGAUAUUGAUUUAUGGGUUGCUGACGAAAUAUGUGACAAAUCCCCCGAAAUUGAUAGAUUCACCGAUAGCUCGGAAAAAGAAUUAACAAAAGAAGGAUCUUGUGAUUCCCCUAUCUUGAGGGAUGAAUAUAGAAUUAAUUUCGAAUCAAUUAAACGUCAUAAAUUAUUGGAUUCAGAUAUUGAUCACCCUAUUUUCCAAGAUUUGGAAGAUUUGAAAUUAUCAAGAAAGGAUGCAUGGGAUUAUUUUAACGAUAUAAAUAGGGGUGUUGGUAACGGUGACUGGUUUCAUGAAUAUUAA